GGCUCGCCGCACAGAUUGCUAACGCCUGGGGAGCGCGCCGCACGUAGUGCAGCGGAUCACCGGGAAUAUAAUAACAUUCUAUCAAGUUCGACGUUUCGUAAAUUAGAAGUGAACAGAUCUAACUUUAGUUGCGAAUCUCAACUUAUACGUGUAUUUAAUUUUAGUUUCAAAGUGUUUUGUGAACUAACUACAAAAAUCAAGAUGAUGUCCUUAGUGUUGUUUCUUCUGGGAGGGCUUCUCGCAGCAACAGAAGGCUGUGGUGCUGGAAAACAAUUGAUAAAGUCUGGUGGCUUGACGGCGUACGAGAAACAAGCUAUCGUAGACGCGCACAAUCGCCUCCGACAAUCUGUUGCUCUGGGACAAGUCUCCAGUCAACCUCCAGCGGCUAAUAUGAUGGAAAUGACUUGGGAUGACGAGCUAGCGGCGACCGCACAACGUUGGUCCGACCAAUGUAUAACCGCGCAUGACCGCGCCGCCCAGCGAGACGUGGGCCGGUUUCCUGUGGGCCAGAACCUCGCAGCCACCUGGACAACUCGCCCCCCAACCGCACCCUCUGACUCCGAGCCUGACUUCCAGAAACAGAUCAAUGCGUGGUUCGACGAAGUUCGCAUAUACGGCUUCAAGCCCAUCAGUGGUGGACACGGAACAGGCCACUACUCUCAGUUGGUUUGGGGUGAGACAUCUCACGUAGGCUGUGGAUUUACCUUCUACUACGACCCCACUCGCGGCUACACCAAACUCUACGUGUGUAACUAUGGUCCCGGCGGCAACGUAAUUGGAUCCAACCCGUAUGAGAAAGGUCAUCCCUCUUGCAGCAGCUACGGGCUCAUUGAGUCAAGAAAAUACUCCGGUCUUUGCGCGGCCAGUUUCACGACCUCGUCGUACCAGGAGAACACCAACAACUACAUCUCGAACGUCAUCCCUGACAGCACCGGCGAUACACAAGGUUUCAACUACCAGUACAGCAACCAAUUCUACAACCAGUUCAACAACCAGUAUCAGUACCAAUACCAACAACCAACCACCUUCUACCAGGAAACUUCCACGUUCAGGCCUCUCCUUAGCAUCUUUAAAACCGCCUCGAACUUGUUCACGAAACCAAAAUCCCAAGUCAGAAUCGGAACAGUGUUCGUAUAAAUUCCUACAGCGGAUCCAUUAUUUCUUAACAGUAUUUUAUAAAUUAUAUUGUGACAGUUGUGUUACUCGACUGAUGAUUCGGAAACGCUGUACUCGGGUUUUCGGAACUUUGUAGAUAGUAUUGUUAUUCCUUGGUUUUACAAGGAAGUUAGGCCUAACAUUAUUAUAACAAUUUCCAUCAUUUUGAAGGUCUCAGUGAUAUUGUGUUAAAAUUACAUUGCUGUCGGGAAUGGCCUUCUAGUAUUAGCCAAGAGUGUGUGAGAGUUGUUAUUUAGAUGUAGUUGUAUUUAUGAUUAAAAUAAAUAAUAUCCUAUACAUUA